UACGUGAAACCAUGAAGACAACAGAACUACCCGGGUUGCCACUGGAACGAGCCACAUGUGAAGACUUGGAACAGCAGAGAAGGAAAAGAGAAAUAAAUCAGAAUUGCUGGAGUAAAUCCUCUGCUCCUGAAGGCAGCGACUACCACGAGAUUGCAAUAGAUGAGACAACAGAUGAAAUAAGAGAAACGAGCAAAUGUUCUGUGUAUUGGGAAUGUUUCGGUUCAGCUCCUUGCACAGGUCAAAAAACAAACCGGUGUUUGGAAGGCGGAAAGUGUGUCAAUGAGACGAUAACUGCAAUUAAUCAGAUGGUUCACAAAGAGGCGAAACCAUUCCGGUGCGCGGAAUGUGGGAAGAGCUUCAGUCUGAGUUCCACCCUUGCUUCUCAUCAGAUAAUCCACAGAGCGGAGAAGCCAUAUAGGUGCCUUCAGUGCGGAAAGGGCUUCAGCCAGAAGAUCCAUCUCGCUUCCCACCAAAGAACUCAUACAGGGGAGAAACCGUAUCGGUGCCCGGAAUGUGGGAAGAGCUUCAGCGAGAAGGCGAACCUCGCUUCCCAUCACAGGACGCACACAGGGGAGAAACCGUAUCAGUGCCCGGAAUGUGGCAAGUGUUUCAGGCUGAGCUCUACUUUGAGUUCCCAUCAAAGAAUCCACAGGGUGGAGAAGCCACAUAAGUGCUUGGAAUGCGGGAAAGGUUUCAGCCAGAAGAUCCACCUCACAUCCCACCAGAGGAUUCACACAGGGGAGAAGCCGUACCUGUGCGUGGAAUGUGGGAAGAGCUUCAUUAGGUACUCGAGCCUUACUUCACACCAAAACAUUCACAAAGGGGAGAAACCAUUUCAGUGCCCCGAAUGUGGGAAGAGCUUCAGUCAGAGUUCCACCCUUAGUUCUCAUCAAAGAAUCCACCGAGUGGAUAAGCCCUACAAAUGCUUGGAAUGUGGGAAGGGCUUCACUCAGGUGAUACACCUCACUUCCCACCAGAGGAUUCACACCGGGGAGAAACCGUACCAGUGUUCAGAAUGCGGGAAGAGCUUCAUUAGAGGUUCAAACCUUAUUUCGCACCAGAAAAUCCACACAGGGGAGAAACCCUAUCAGUGUUUGGAAUGUGGGAAGAGCUUCAGUCACAAGAUCAACCUCACUUCCCAUCAAAGGAUUCAUACGGGGGAAAGGCCCUAUCAGUGCUCAGAAUGUGGGAAGAGCUUCAGUCAGAAGAGCAACCUUAGCUCUCAUCGGAGAAUUCACACACAGGAGAAACCGUACCGAUGCCUGGAAUGUGGAAAGAGCUUCAGCAGUAAGAUCAAUCUCGCCUAUCAUCAAAGAAUUCACAGCAGUGCUUGGAACAUGCAAUUGUGUCGUGGAGGCUUAAACAAGCUCAUCUUUUGUUUCCCAGAGCUGGAGGCUUCCUGGGGGCACAGAUCAAAGAUGGAAAAGCAGGAUUCCGCUGCGGUUGAAGCAGGAAGAGGCCCUGACACCAUCAAGAUUGGAAGCACUGAGAACUUCCGGGAAAGAACUGUUCAGAAUAAGAUCCCGGGUGAAGGUGUUUUCCAUUCCAAAGUACAGCACCAACAGUUCAGAAACUUCAAGGACGUCUGCUACCAGGAGACCAAGGGACCUCGAGAGGUUUGCAGCCAACUCCGCCGUCUCUGCCAUGAGUGGCUCAAGCCAGAGCGACAUACCAAGGGUCAGAUCUUGGACCUGGUGAUCCUGGAGCAAUUCUUGGCUGUCCUCCCCCCGGAGAUGGAGAGCUGGGUCAGGGAAUGUGGGGUGGAGACCAGUUCCCAGGCGGUGGACCUGGCAGAAGGCUUCCUCCUGAGCCGGGCAGAGGAGAAGAAGCAGGAAGAGCAGCAGACCAAGGGUCUGCUUUCAGAAUUGGCUGCUGAUUCACUGGAGGCAGAGAGGACGCCAUCGGCCACCAGAGAGUACCCCUUGCGAAACAUGCUGGAGAGCGAUGGAGGUGCCACUUUGUCGGGUGAUGGAAUGAGCUUGGCAAGACCGGUUCGGCUGCCUCUUCUUUCGGAUGGAGGGGAAGCAGCUGCUGUAACACUAGACCAGUGCCCGGUGUCCUUUGAGGAUGUGGCUGUGUUCUUUGCGGAAGAGGAAUGGUGCCUGCUGGAUCCUGACCAGAGAGCUCUGCAUAGCGAAGUCAUGGAGGACAAUUGCCUGACGGUCACCUCUCUCGCACACGGAAAACACUUCCGCCGUCGUUUGGACCACACGUCCCACCAAACCAUCCAUACGUCGGAGAAGCCGUAUCAGUGCUUCGUGUGUGGCAGGAAAUUCAUCCAGAAGGGAAGUCUCACUGAACAUCAGAGAAUCCACACAGGGGAGAAACCGUACCAGUGCUCGGAGUGCGGGAAGAGCUUUGGCCAGAAGUCGCAGCUCACUUUUCACCAGAGAACUCAUUCGGGGAAGAAACCUUAUCAAUGCCCAAAGGGGAAAAUGGCUUUUGUCUUUCCCGAGGGCUGCCUGGGCGCCUCCCUGCCGGGCUUGGCUCUGGACAUGGUGGAACCUCCAAUUCUGUCUGUCUUUGCCUGGAGACAGGCGUUGGCAGAAGAAGGCAGAUUUCACCACUCAGCCUUCGUGGAGGCGUCUUUGGAACACAAAUCAACAAUGGGAGAAGAAGACUCAGCUGCUCGCAGAGCAGGAAGAGGCCCCCAAAUCAGCGGGGAAUUCUGGGAAAGAACACUGCCGAAAAACCUGGACGAGGAGGACACCUUCAGCUCGGACGUACAACGCCGGCGCUUCAGGCAGUUCCGCUACCAGGAGGCCGAGGGACCCCGAGAGGUUUGCAGCCGACUCCACGAUUUCUGUUGUCGUUGGCUAAAGCCAGGGCAGUACACCAAGACUCAGAUCCUGGACCUGGUGAUCCUGGAGCAGUUCCUGGCUGUCCUCCCUCCAGAGAUGGAGAACUGGGUCAGGGAAUGUGGAGUGGAGACCAGUUCCCAGGCGGUGGCCCUGGCCGAAGGUUUCCUUCUGAGUCAGGCGGAGGAGAAGAAGCAGUUGGAGCAACAGGCAAUGGAGCGAUACCAGAAAUUCUUACUCGGCCAACACUUCUGUGUGCUGGAGGAGAAGCCGCAGACACAGGACCAGAACCGCAGCAAACGUUUCUCUCUCUUUUUUUCCCAGGGUCCAGUGUCAUUUGAGGAGGUUGCUGUGUAUUUCACGGAGGAGGAGUUGCCUCUGCUGGAUCCUGACCAGAAAGCUCUACACAGGGAAGUUAUGGAGGAGAAUUACGGGAUGGUGGCCUCUUUUGCAGGCGGCGAAUGGGAAACUCAACAUGAUCGUGACCGACUCCCAAAGGUGUCAUCGGAAAGAGACAGAUGCAAAAAGAGCAAAACGCACACCGGACAGCUGCCGUAUAAAUGCUUGGAGUGCGGAAAGAGCUUCAGGCUGAGUGCAAGUCUCACAAACCAUCAGAGAAGCCACAAUGGGGAGAAACCAUAUAAAUGUUUGGAAUGCGGAAAGAGCUUCAGUCUGAACAGAGACCUUGCUUAUCAUCAGAUAAUUCACACGGGGGAGAAGCCGUUCCAAUGCAUGGAGUGCGGAAAGAGCUUUACUCGAAGCACAAACCUCCGCGGUCAUCAGAGAAUCCACACAGGCGAGAAACCCUACCAGUGCUUAGUGUGUGAAAAGAGCUUCAGCCAGAAGAAAUAUCUCACGUCUCAUCAUCGAAUUCACACGGGGGAGAAACCCUAUAAAUGUUUGGACUGUGGAAAGUGCUUCAUUCUGAACAAAGACCUCACUUGCCAUCAAAGAAUCCACACAGGGGAGAAGCCGUAUCAGUGCUUGGAAUGCGGGAAGAACUUUCGCUUGAACAAAGACCUUGCUUGUCAUCAGAGAAUUCACACCGGGGAGAAACCAUACCAGUGCCUGGAAUGUGGAAAGAGCUUCAAUAGGAGCACAAACUUCCGCUGUCAUCAGAGAAUCCACACUGGGGAGAAACCGUACCAGUGCUUGGAGUGUGGAAAGAGCUUCAGUCGGAAGAUACAUCUCACUUGUCACACACAAAAAUCGCACUCGGGGGAAAUCGUAGAAGUGCUUGGAGAUGAGCUGUUCCAGGAUUCCUUUGAAAUCCUUACCGUGGACAUAUGAAAAGGAAUUCGAGAGAGAUAAAUUUCGCUCUAAAGUAAAACUUGAGUAAAGGU